CACACAGUCCUCGGCAGUCUUGUGUUGAGUGCUCCCUCGGCAGGCUCCCGGGGGGGAGACAGACUUGGGCUCAGUGUGACUUUCAUGGAAAGCUUUGCUUUGCCAAGACGAGACCGCGGACUAUUUAAGACAAUCAUAUGAUUUCACUGGGAGUCAAAAUGGUCCGCGGGGUUCUCUGGGUAGAGAGAGAGACAGAGUGAGUGUGUGUGCGAGAGAGAGAGAGACGUUGGAUACUGGUCGGACUGUCUGAGUGGAAUAAGGGAAAAUGACUUGCCCGGGAGACAGGACUUGAGUUCAAGCGAGUUAUUGCGCCCGCCACUGCGCUUUAAAAUGAAUGGAAACCAAAGUGGCACAAGUGAAGAAGCCUGAGUCUGAGAUCCGUUGAUGCUUCAUUCACCAUAAGUCCUGCAGACUCCUGCUGGACUGGUCUACCGGAGCGCUUGGGAGUGCUGGCAAGUGUCCGUGUGAUCGAGUCUUCAGCCUUUGCGUCAAGGUGUCCUUCAGAGAUGGCUUUCUUACUGAUUUGUGCAGAGCGGAGAAGCAGGACGUUGCUCCUUUUCCACCUCUUUUGCGUUUUCACACUGAGCAAAAGCGUGCUUUUGAAUUACGCUGUUGACAGAGCAGAAUCUUAUCAAGAAGCGUCGGCCCUGCUUCGAUCUCUCAAUUUACCUCAGCAUACAGAAUAUGAGAUUGUAUCUCCCUAUGAGGUCAACCAUCAAGGUGUUUACAUCUCUCAUGAAGUAGCCCACCAUCAGCGCAGAAGACGCAGAUCCCUGAGCCCAGAUGCAGGCUCAUUAAACGCUGACAGCAGCAGUGAAACAGUCCACUUCCGACUGAGUGGCUUGGGGCAGGAUUUCCACAUGGAGCUGAGGGAGGCCUCAGAGAGCCUGAUUGCACCUGGCUUCACCAUCCAGGUCCUGGGAAAGAAUGGCACCAAAAGCCUGAGGGCCUACCACCAGGACGACCUCUGCUUUUACCAGGGGUCGCUGAGGUCAAAGGUCAACUCCUCUGUGGCACUGUCCACAUGUAUGGGGAUGUCAGGUUUGAUCAGAACACCGGGUGGAGAUUACUUCCUGAGACCUGUGUCCCGCAGUCUCGCUCAGAGAGAGAACUUUACAGCGCCCUCCAGUCACCAGCCGCACAUCCUCUACAAGAGUGAGGGGUACCCCCGGACGGAGCAUAGACACCACCAUCCUCGGGUGCUUCAGAAAAGAUCUACAGAUUCAGCCCAUCACACAUCACACAGACACUUUGUCACAGAGAGAUCCACAAACUCUAACCAGAACACAUUUAGUGAAGAUCAACGCAGAGGGCAGAAAAAACAGCCAAGUGACACCUAUGGACAUCACCAUGGCAACAAUAAGAACAACAGCCAUGGUGACCAGAUGGAGCAUCAUGGCAGUGGCCAUCACCGCAACAGCCAUCACAGUGACUACAGACAUGGGGAGAAGCAGAGGCAACACUUCUGCGGGAGACGGAAGAAAUACAUGCCCAAACCUCCAGAAGGGGAUAUCUUUAUCCUUCCAGAUGAGUACAAGUUCAUCCCCAGGAACAAAAGAGCCGUGCUAAUGAAGAACCAGCACAAUCAGAAGCUCAACGUGGAGAUGCUGGUGGUGGUGGACAGGAAGAUGAUGGACAACCAUGGCCAUGAGAACAUUACCACAUAUGUUCUUACUGUACUUAAUAUGGUCUCCAGUCUUUUCAAAGAUGGUACGAUAGGAGGGAACAUCAACAUAGUGAUAGUGGGCCUCGUGCUUUUGGAUGAAGAGCAGGAUGGCUUGGUGAUCAACCACCAUGCAGACCACACACUGAACAGCUUCUGCCACUGGCAGUCUACCCUGGGAGGCAGGGAGGGCCGACACCACGACCACGCCAUCCUCCUCACGGGACUUGACAUCUGCUCUUGGAAGAAUGAACCCUGUGACACUCUUGGUUUUGCUCCAAUUAGUGGGAUGUGCAGCAAGUACCGAAGCUGUACCAUUAAUGAGGACACAGGACUGGGUCUGGCAUUCACCAUUGCCCAUGAAUCCGGACACAAUUUUGGAAUGGUCCAUGAUGGUGAAGGGAAUGUUUGCAAGAAGUCAGAGGGCAACAUCAUGUCUCCCACAUUAGCUGGUCACAAUGGUAUCUUCUCCUGGUCUGCCUGCAGCCGCCAGUACCUCAGCCGCUUCCUCAAUUCUGCCCAGGCUCUGUGCUUAUCAGAUGAACCGAGAGCAAUCAAGGAGUAUCGGUAUCCUGAGCAGCUGCCCGGUGAGCUGUAUGAUGCAGACACACAGUGUAAAUGGCAAUUUGGAGAGAAGGCCAAACUCUGCACCCUCGACUUUAAGAAGGACAUCUGCAAGGCUCUGUGGUGCCACCGUGUUGGGAGGAAGUGUGAGACCAAGUUCAUGCCAGCUGCUGAAGGCUCUGCCUGCGGCCCUAAUAUGUGGUGUCGUAGGGGCCAGUGUGUGAAACAGGGUGAUGAGGGCCCGAGGCCCACGCAUGGCCAGUGGUCAGAGUGGUCGUCUUGGUCUGCAUGCUCACGAAGCUGUGAGAGCGGAGUCACAUAUCGAGAGAGGCAGUGCAACAGCCCCAGACCUGCAUAUGGAGGGAAGUUCUGUGAGGGCUCCUCCAGGUCGUACAAACUUUGUAACACAGAGGACUGUCCCUCCAACACCACUGACUACAGAGCACAGCAGUGUGCAGAGUUCAACAGCAAACAGUUCAGAGGAUGGUACUACACCUGGAGGCCAUACACUAGAGUUGAUGAUCAAGAUGUAUGUAAGCUGUACUGCUUUGCCGAAGGCUAUGAUUUCUUCUUUGCCCUGGCCAGCAAAGUUAAGGAUGGGACACUCUGCUCACAGGGCAGUUCUAAUGUCUGUAUUGAUGGGCUGUGUGAGAGAGUGGGGUGUGACCGUGUUUUGGGCUCCACAGCUGUCCCUGAUGCUUGUGGGGUGUGUAAAGGAGACAACUCCACCUGCAAAAUUUACAAAGGACAGUACACCAAGCAGCAUUAUACUAACCAGUACUAUGGGGUGGUGACCAUCCCAGCAGGAGCUCGGAGUAUCCGUGUGAUGGAAAUGAAUGCAUCCAGCUCAUACCUGGCUGUCAGGGACACACAGAGACACUACUACCUGAACGGACACUGGACCGUGGACUGGCCAGGCAGACACCCCAUCGCUGGAGCCAUUUUUGAGUACAAGAGACCCUACAACAGACCAGAGAGCCUCAUAUCAACUGGUCCUACCAAUGAGACGCUGGUCAUAGAGGUGCUGUUGCAGGGCUGGAACCCAGGUGUUCAUUGGGAAUACACUCUGAAGAAAGCUGAUGAGAAGAGGAAUCACAUCAAACAUAAUUAUACAUGGGCCAUCAUACGUUCCCAGUGCUCAGCUACUUGUGCAGGAGGUCAGAUGAACACAAAGUCGGCAUGCUACAAAGACUUGAGAGUGCAAGUGAAUACAUCCUACUGUAAUCCCAAAUCAAGACCAGCUACUGGCCUGAUGCCCUGCAACACCCAGCCUUGUCCUCCCAGCUGGUCUGUAGGAGCAUGGGGGUUGUGCAGCCGGAGCUGUGGAGGAGGGGAGCAGACUCGGCAGGUCCAGUGUGUCCAGAGAACCAGCCAGACUAAUGUAGACGACCUGGCUGACUCUCGCUGUGCUCAGCCCACCCCGGCCAGGAGGCAAGCCUGCGGCACACACAGCUGUCCACCAGUCUGGACCACUGGGCCGUGGUCACAGUGUUCUCGUAAGUGUGGCAAUGGCUUGAGGAAGAGGACGGUGCUGUGUGUGAGCACCAACCCAGGUGCCCAGACACAAACGCUACUAGACAGCUUGUGUGAAGGCCUACCGAAGCCCGCCAGUCAAGAGCCGUGUUUUAUCAAACGCUGCCAGAAGCAGCGCAAGAUCCAGUGGUUUGUCUCCACGUGGCAAGAGUGCUCAGUGACUUGUGGUCGUGGCUAUCAGACACGCUUCAUCAAGUGUGCAGAAAAGGACACUGCAGGAAAAUACAGAGAGCUUGCUGCCAAAAAGUGCCACCAUGUACCAAAGCCCACAGUGGAGCUCCAGAGACCCUGCAUCCUUGCUGAAUGCCCCAUCCGCACUACCCCACCAGUCCACCGAUGGAGCACUUAUCAUCACACCUAUCCACCUCCACGCUUCCCUCAACCUCCGCCUCGAGCAGAAUGGCGCUCAUCGCCUUGGUCUCAGUGUACAGUCACAUGUGGAGGAGGAGUGCAGGCCAGGACGGUCCAAUGUCUGGUCCAGGGGAAGCCCUCUGCUGGCUGCGCCCUCCAUCUUAAACCCUCAAUGUCCCAGGCCUGCAAUACCAAUUUCUGUCCUCAACCUGAGAAGAAAGACCUUGCAUGUAGGGAUUACUUCAACUGGUGCUACCUGGUCCCCCAGCAUGGAGUCUGCAACCACAAGUUUUAUGGCAAGCAGUGCUGCCAGUCCUGUUCAAACUCAAACCUUUAAUCAUACAGAGUGACUCUGUCUGUGACACGAGCAGUUAAGUAGUUACAUAGAAAAGAGACUAUAUUUGACGUCCAUGCUUGAAGAGACAGUGUUUUUGCUUUCAGCGUGUGGCGAGCACUGAGAAACAAAUGACAUUUCAGUGGAAGCGUGAGAGAGUUGCAGUGCCAUUUCUUCUUGCUGUGAUGCCGGACAUCUGGAUACAAGAGCUUGAUGCUGACAGCACUACACAGGAAUGUGAUCAGGACAGUACAAAUAAAGGAGGACUAUGGAUUAUUAGGAGGAACUAGCUUGAUUAAAGUGAAUGGUACUGACAUGUCCAAAAGAAACCGAAAACCUGAAAACUUCCAGCUUUGUUUAUAUAAAGUAUGCAACUGAACAGAUCCGUACCCAGGACGUCCAACAUCUCCCAUUCAACCACAGGCCAGUGAUGGCAGGCCAACAGAGAAAAAAAUGUUGCCAAGUUUCAGGCACUGCCACGCAGCAACAUGUGUUACGCCCAGGUCUGGAUUACAAUCCUUGAUCAAUUAGAAAUCUGGGGUCUGAUAAUGAAAAGGAUGUUUCAAAAAAACAAGUAAGAAAACACAAUUUUACUCGAAGGCUUGACAAAAACCAGACUGGGAAUAAUCAAAGAAGGCCUCCUUGAUAGCUGGAAAAUAGCAGGGAACUUUGUGCUGUAAAAAGCAAUACAAGGAAAAAACCUUGCAUCAACUAUUCUGAUGAUGGGUCAACGCUGUGUAAAGUGACUUCAUACUCUGUGGUGCUACAAUGUCACCAAAUCAAUGUGAAAUCCAGCAAAGAACAAAUGAAUUGUGUGACCCAUGUACAGUAUUGUUUGUUUUAUUUAUUAGCUUUACAAUGCAGCUUUGCUGGAGGACUGUAUUAAUAAGCAGUAUAAAUGUGUUCAUUUAUUAGUCUACCCUUAGCCCAUCACCUUUAUAUUUUGUAUUAUGUUUCAUAAGAUUUCAUGCUGACAAAUUGUACCUUUUUUAUUCAUUAUUCGUUUAUUUUAUUUUUGGAAAAAAAAAAUCUGGUUUAAAAAGGCCAAUUUAGUAAUGUCAACGAUGACUGAUGAUCAUUUACAGCAGCUGCUGAGUUGAUUCCUCCAUUUUUCCAUUACAUUGUCCAACAUUAUUACACAAGUCAUGUACUGCAUGGACUGAUAUGGCAUAAAAAGCAAUGCAUUACAUAUUAGUUAUGGUUUAAAAGCAAUGACAGAUGAUGGCUGACGUUAUUUCAAUGUGAUUUUCACAGUGUAAAUGAAUUAACAAUAAA